ACUGCAAGCGCUCCUCUCCCUAGCUUCGUGCCUUAGGGCCUAGUGUUAGGAAGUGGAAGAGGCCGUUCCGUCUCUCUCUCUCUCUCUCUCCGAUUAGGGCAGAGUAAAAUAACACAGCCCCUUUCUCCCAACCCCCAAAAUCUCCCCUCUCUCUCUCUCUCUCUCUCUCACAGAAGGCGUCGUUUCCAAACCCUAGCCAGGUAUUGCAAAUCUACAAUCUCUUUUCUAUUUUUAAUUUCAUCCGUUGCAGCGAUUCGUUCUCUUUCAUAUGGGCUCCGACGAAGCCAAAACAGGUCUGGAAACCGAUUCUUGAAACCCUAGAUUUUAUAUCGAAGGCCGUUCCCAUCAAGGGUUUCUCCCCUCCCCCCCACAUUUUUUUUCCCUUUUAUAUGGAGUCUGAGGUUCUCCCGUUGGACAAUCGGGAGCGGAAGCGAGGGAGAGAGCAACUGGGCGGUCCAGAUCGAUGGGAUCUGGUUGGGCGCCGCGUGAGGAAGGAAUUCGUUGGCAGCGGGGUCUUCAUCGGGAGGAUCUUGAGAUUCAAGCGCGGCGGAUUGUAUCUCGUUGAAUAUGAGGAUGGCGACCGUGAGGAUCUGGAAUAUGAAGAGGUUUGCGAUCUCCUUGUGAAGGAAGAUGGUGGUGGCAGCGGCAGCGGUGGUGGCUUGUGCGCGGAUCCUGCUGCUGGGAAGCAGGAAUUGGGUCGGUCAGUUUCAAAGAAUCAGGGUCCAAAAGCUCCUGAAACUGCUGAUGGAGUCGACCGGGUUGAUGAUUCAUCGGCUGUCAGCAAAUUGACUUCUGCUGAUGUCGAGUCGGAUGCCGACUCGUCCAGCGAUUCAUGCGAGUCUGAAACGGCUCGGCUUCCUCCGCUGGCGCUUCCUCCAUCCUCUGGUGAUAUUGGUAUUCCUGAGGAAUCGAUUGGUUAUUUGUUCUCCGUGUACAAUUUCCUGCGCUCGUUCAGUUGCCGGCUGUUCUUGAGCCCAUUCAGCCUUGAUGAUUUCGUUGGGUCGCUCAACUGCAUGUCCCAGAAUUCUCUGUUGGAUGCGAUCCAUGUCUCUCUGAUGCGUGCGCUGCGUCGUGAUCUUGAGAUGGAUUCUUUAGAUGGGAGCAGCUCCGAGUUCACUUCAAAAUGCUUGAGGCGUUUGGAUUGGAGCUUGCUUGAUACGCUUACUUGGCCUGUUUAUGUAGUUGAGUAUCUUCUGAUAAUGGGAUACACAAAGGAGCAGGAGUUGAAAGGAUUUCAUGACCAUGUUUUGAAAUCUGAAUAUUACACCAUGCCAGCACCGACAAAGCUAAGGAUUCUGCAAAUCUUAUGUGAUGAUGCUCUAGACUCAGCAGAGCUUAGACAUGAAAUUAACAUGCGGGGAAGCAUGGAAGUGGGAAUGGAGACCGAUGGUAAUGCCAGCCUUGCCCCUGAAAAUGGGCCGAGAAGGGUCCAUCCUCGAUACACCAAGACCUCCGCGUGCAAAGACCCAGUAGCCAUGGAGAAUAUUGUUGAACCCUGCGAAUCGAAGCCACCUCGUGACCGGAGUUCUACGGGUUCUAGUAAAGCUGUGGAACCAGAGGUGAAUAUGUCAGAAGAUGUUGUGGAUACUGAUGAAUGCCGGCUUUGUGCAAUGGACGGGACUCUCCUUUGUUGUGAUGGAUGCCCUUCAGUGUACCAUUCGCGAUGCAUUGGUUUGAAUAAAGCUUCAUUAGAUGAAGGGGAUUGGUUCUGUCCGGAAUGUGUUGUGAAUAAGAUUGGGCCAACUUGCUCAAGAAUUGGAACAGGAUUAAGGGGGGCAGAGUUCCUAGGCAUCGAUCCACACGAGCGGGCAUUUUUGGGCACUUGCAAUUACUUACUCGUGCUCGGGACUUCAAUAAAUGCAGAACCAAUCAUUAGAUACUACAGUCAGGAUGAUGUUUUGAAAGUCCUCCAAGUGCUUCAUUCAUCUGCCCAACAUGCACCAUUGUACUCCCAGAUCUGCAAGGGAAUUUUACAGUACUGGGAAAUCUCAGGAGAUGCAAUAUUGUCUCAUCCUGCAGGAACUGAACCUGGUGUAAAUUCAUUGGAUGAGAAGGAAGAUGCAAUGGGUUCUUCUACAUUUUGCCCCCAAUCUGUUAGGAAAAGUCGAAUUCCCUCAAAUACAGAUGAGGGGUAUAACCAUGAGAGCAAGACAAGUGAAAGUAAGUUGGAGAAUGGAGCACUAUCAUUUCAGGAGAAUGACUGCAUUGAAGCUGGGGUCAAUGGCCCCUCCUUAGACUCGGUGUGCCAAACUGAUCUUCCAGAUUUGCAGAAAGACAAUGUUGUUACCUGUGAGAAGUCUGGUGACCAAUUUACUUCUGGACAUGCUGAGCUGACAGCUCAACAGGUUGGGCAGCUUGGAACAGAAUCUGCCAUAUCUGCUGGCUCACUCAUCAUGCCAAUUGAUCCUUCUGAUGUAAACCACCAAAGUUCAGGUGAAAGAUCAACUGUAUUAGAAUUCGCUACUGGUGCAUCACGAGAUGUGGAGAGCUCUGGUCGAGAAGAUGCAGAUAGCUUGGUAUUGCAAAUGAAGAAUAGCAUUCAUAGCAUUUCUCGUGAAAGCAGGCAGCAUAACCAUGGUUACAGUGGGGUAAAUAAAGGAGAUACAAUCAACAGCACCUCAUUCUUGGGAACUUCUUUCAAAUUCUUGGGAACUUCUUUCAAGCCUCAGGCUUAUGUAAAUCAGUACAUCCCUGGUGACGUUGCUGCAUCUGCAGCUGCUGCUAUUGCUCGUCUUGGAUCUGAAAAUGGCAAGUCUUCUGAGUCUCGCGGUGCUUCAAAGGCUAAGAAAAUUGUUUCUGAAAACACAUCUUUGCAAGUAAAAGCCUUUGCAGAAGCAACCAUACAUUUUCUAUGGCCAAGUUCUGAAAGGAAGCUCAUUGAGAUCCCAAGGGAAAAAUGUGGCUGGUGUUUAGCAUGCAAGGCUCCUGUAAAUAGCAGAAAAGGCUGCUUGUUUAAUUCAGCUGCGAUCAAUGCAUUGAAAGGAGCUGCAAGGGUCCUUGGAGGUGUUCGUCCCAUAAAGAUUGGUGAAGGACAACUUGCUUCUAUUGCAGCAUAUAUUUUACACAUGGAGGAGAGUUUACGUGGUCUGUUAGUUGGCUCAUUGCUGAUUGUAAGCUAUAGAAGACACUGGCGUAAACAAGUAGAACUGGCAUCUUCAUGCAGGUUGCUCAAGCUCCUCUUGCUUGAACUCGAGGAAAAUAUGCACAUACUUGCUCUUUCUGGUGGCUGGGUUAAACCAGUGGAUGAUUGGUCGGUUGAGUCUUCUACAACUCAGGCCACCACAUGUGUUGUUGGACCAGCUAAAAAACGUGGACCCGUUAGAAAGAACAGGAAACAAUCUGCUACAUCUGAAAUCACACCCGAUGCAAGUUCCAGGAGUCACAUUAACUGGUGGAGAGGUGGGAAACUAUCGAAGCUGGUAUUUCAGAAAGGGAUUCUACCACACUCCAUUGUUAAGAGAGCUGCUCGUCAAGGUGGUUAUAAAGGGAUUUUCGGUAUUAAUUACAGUCAAGCUUCUGAAAUUCCUAGAAGGAGCCGACGGCUUGCUUGGAGAGCUGCAGUAGAAAUGAGUAAGAAUGCAUCACAGCUUGCUUUUCAGGUCAGAUGUCUUGAUGCUCAUGUAAGAUGGAAUGAUCUUGUUCGUCCAGACCAAGUUUCUCAGGAUGGGAAAGCGUCAGACACUGAAACAUUUACUUUCAGAAAUGCAGUCAUUCGCGAUAAAAAGAUUGUAGAGGGGAAGACAAGAUACGCAUUGGCCUUUGGUAAUCAGAAGCAUCUCCCUUCACGGAUAAUGAAGAAUAUUGUAGAAGUAGAGACAAGCCAAGAUGGUAUGGAAAGGAUGUGGUUUUCUGAAAAUCACAUCCCUCUGUAUCUGAUAAAAGAUUAUGAAGAGAAGGCAGAGAGGUAUCCCCUGCCAUCUUCUGCGGAGCAGUUGCAGUGUUUUUCAAAGUUCCAGAGAAGGCCGUUGAAAGCUUGUCAGAAGGAUAUAUUCUCUUAUCUCGUGUGCAGGGAUGACAAGUGCCCCUGUGCUCUCUGUCAACAGGAUGUUUUUCUCAGGAAUGCUGUCAAGUGCGGUUCAUGUCAAGGUUGCUGUCACAAGGAUUGUACAGUACCGUCAACAGUUGACAUGAAAGAUGGAUUGGAAUUCAUGUUCACAUGCAACAGGUGCCAUCAAGCUGUAUCUGCUGUUGUAGAGAGCUAUAAGAAGCUUCCAAAGGUUCCACUGUCUCCGCAAGGGCAACAUCAGAUGGUUUCAAAUACUAAAAGCAUGCAGCAGGAUGGUUAUCAUCACAUUACUAAAAGUGUGCAGCAAGAUAGAUUCAGUGUGCAGGAAGAUAGAUUCAGUUUGCAGCAAGAUCGAUUCAGCGUGCAGCAAGAUAGAUUCAGUGUGCACCAAGAUAGAUUCCGUCACAUACCGCUGACAAUCGAGAAAUUGGAAAACCACUCGGAGAGGAAGCCACCCGCUCCCACUCCUGAUUCGGGACGCAAAAGUAGACAUGGGUCAUGCCUUACAAAUGGUCUGAUAUGGAAGAAGAAGAAGGCACAGACAUCUGAAUCUGGCACAGACUUCAGGCUCAAGAACAUUCUUCUUGGAGGCACUGUAGAUAUGGAUCCGUCUAUGGAACCUCGUUGUAUCCUCUGCUCCCAACCAUACAAUUCGGAUCUGAUGUAUAUCCGCUGUCAAACUUGCUCAAAUUGGUACCAUGCGGAUGCUGUCCAGCUCAAGGAAGACCAAAUUUUUGAAUUGGAGGGGUUCAGAUGCUGCAAGUGCCGAAGAAAAAUCUCUCCCAUAUGCCCAUACACAAAUCCAGAACGCAUGAAGACGCUGCUGAAGAGGGCUUCGAGGAAGCAAGGCAGCAUCACACCACCUGUAUCAGCAACUUCCUUGAGAAAACUUGAAGUAGGAGAAACAACUACUCCAGUCAUACAUCUGAAAACAGAGAAUGUGAAAGCAGAGAAUGUGAAAACAGAGAAUACAGUCAUAGAAGAGGACAAUGACCCUCUUCUAUUCUCACUGCAAAACGUCGAGCCGAUUACAGAGCAGACGCCAGAAAUUGAACCUGAUUGGCAUACAGCAACUGCAGCAUUGUCCCAGACCCCACAAAAACUACCAGUCAGAAGGCAUUUGAAGCAGGAAAAUGAGGAAGCUGCAACCCAUGAAACAAACCCUCCCAUAAACACUAAGGAGGAAGCAUCAUGUCCUGGAGUAGAAUGGGAGUUUCCAGUUGCCAGCGAGUUGGCUGACUUUGAAGGUGGGAGCAUGGAGUUUGAACCUCAAACGUACUUUUCUUUUACAGAGUUGUUGUCAACUGGGGAUGAACGGGUGGAUGGCCUAUUUGAAGCGCCUGUGGAUGUGUCAGGGAAUUGGUUGGAUCCCUCGGUUUAUGACGAUAUGGGAACUGUCUGUCAAUCAAUGUCCCCCUACAACUCAUUUGAAGCAUACGAAAUGGGCAUGGGAGCAGGUCCCCAGGAAUUUGGUGCCGUGGCCAAGCCUGCGGGUGAUGAGUUGGUGCCAUGUCAGAUGUGCACACACGCCCAACCUGCCCCUGAUCUCAUAUGUGAAACUUGCUCCCUGCAGAUACAUAGCCACUGUUCACCAUGGGACGAACCACCAUCAUGUGGUAAUAGGUGGAGAUGUGGUCGCUGCCGGGAUUGGCGAUAGGUUGACACAGGUUACUGGAUUCAAGUUGUCUGACUGGUAUUAUUUCCCUUUUCUGAGAUUGACAUUUGAGAACUGGUAUUUUUUUUCUCACCAAUGAAUUGGUAAGAGGCCAGGGCUGUAUAUUAUCAGGGGGUUGGGGUGGGGGGAGGAGCAGCAACAUCAGACAGUUUGAUAAGAUGGCUUUUAAGUUGGGGAGAGAGACCCCAUGGGAGAGAAGCUUCUAAAAGACAAUAGGGAGGGACACUGCUCAUUUCCAAAACUUAAUUUCCCGAGUAAACUCAAGCGUGUGAAUGCACUGGUUUUUGCAUCCCGCCGAUUAUCAUUUUGAAAGGAUGACACACCUCUUUUGAAAAUAUAUAUACAAAAUUGAUGAGAAAGGUAGUAGUCACUUUGAGAAUCUCAUUCAUCUGUCAUGUUCUAUCUUCUUGGGGGGAACUAGUUUUGGACGCGUGAUUGUGGAGCUUGUUGUUGGUUUGAUCUUUCAAGCUUUGCAGUUGUUCGGUACAGUUCCCAUUAGGAGAAAAGCCCUGAAAGUUGCGUAUUGAUUUGGCUUUGGGGUAUUUGAAUUUCAUUUUUGAUGUUCUUCAAAGGAUGAGCAGAGGUGUUGGUUUUUUUUUUUUAAUUAAAUGCUUUAACAUGUUGGAUUUGUUCGUGUAAGUAUAGCCUUUGAUAUUAGCAACAAAUAUUUUGCAACUUUUCAAAUGACUUCCUGCCAUUUGAUUUAAGACAACCCAA